AUGGAUUUGCAGACCCCAGCAAACAGCACAAGCUCAUUUCAUGCCCAGCUGCCAAUGGAUACCUCGACCAAAUCCCUUGAACAGAGGUCCACAAGUUUUCAGAGUCCUGUCAAAAAUCUGAAAUUAAGCAUUUCAUCCCUGGUCCAGAAUACAGUCCACACAAUAAAUUCCAUCUGUAAACCCAUACCUGCUGGAAAGUUGUAUCCAGAAUUUCCAUCUUCUUCUGAACUCUCAUCAGAGCCUGAUGCACCUUGUGGAACAGUCCCCUCUCCCUCUGCAUCCCCAGAGACCCAAGAUCAGACAACUGUGCCGUCGCCACCCUCUUUUAAUGAAAAUCCUGUGGAAGUUCAGCAGAGAAAGCCCUCUGAUGAAAACCCACUGGAGGAGAGAUCUGUAGGUCUAAUGUUACCCAAGGACCUCCAUAAUGAAGAUCCAGAUGCAAACAGUCGAGCGUGCACAUCUCGGGAGCUGCUGACUUUACUGGGAAUCGUAGUCAUUAUUAAACUGAUCGUCACCUCUGCUCUUUUAGUCAAGUUCCUGGUAUUCCCUUCUGAGUUAGGUGAAACCUCAUCUCUGUGUGAUGUGGAAGGGAGCUGCAGUGUUCCGAGUCAGCGGCCUUUUCUUUCUAAGAAUCCUGUGAAUCAAACGGGAAACAUCACCGUGGAUUGCCCAGUUGUUCUCAGUGAUGGCCGCCGCAUUGUUGGAGGGACCAUAGCAGAACACAAGAGGUGGGGCUGGCAAGUCAGCAUGCACUGGAGGGGGAAACAUGUCUGCGGCGGUGCCAUCAUCUCCCCUCGCUGGGUCAUAACGGCAGCACACUGCUUCAUUGAAAACAACAUGCUUGAAGUGGCCGACUGGCUGGUGGUGGUGGGCACAGUGAGCAUUGCACACAACUCCCCGGGGAAACGCUACAGAGCCCUGCAGGUCCUCCACCACCCGGACUUUAACAACCGCAACAACGACUAUGAUGUGGGGCUGCUGCGCACCAUCACUGACAUGGACAUGACAGAUGGAGUGCGACCGGUUUGUUUACCAAAACCAAAUGAUUCCUUUCCUCCUGGAGCAGCCUGUUGGAUUACAGGCUGGGGAUUCACCCGUGAAGGAGGCUUUGUGUCAGAUGAGCUGCGGCAGGCUCAGGUGAAGGUAAUAGCUCAAUCCCUCUGCUCUAGUAUGGGGGUCUAUGGAGCCUUCAUAACUCCUCGGAUGAUCUGUGCUGGCAGCAUAUCUGGGGAAGUGGACUCCUGCCAGGGAGACAGUGGUGGACCUCUGGUGUGUGAGACGCUUAAUGGGGACUGGAGGCUGGCGGGGGUGGUGAGUUGGGGGGAGGGCUGUGCACGCCCCAACAAACCAGGCGUCUACAGUCGAGUAACUCAUCUUCUCAAUUGGGUUGAAGGAUACACAGAGGUACCAUUAAAAACAUUCAGUCAAAUCGGGGCAGAUGAAAGAGACCCUCACAGACACCUCACCAGCUGCUGA